UUAUCUUAUCUUUACUACUAUAGAAUUUUCUAUCACGUAAAGUUUUCAAUAGAUGCAUAUAAAAUUAGAUUAUAUUUUUUGAAUGAUAUAACAGCAUAUAUAUCGCAAAUAUUCUUCGAUUUCUGUUUUAUUAUCGAUUUCAAGGCGCGAUAGAAAUACUUGGUUAUUUAAUCACUAGUUAUUAUGUAUUACAAUAUACACUUAUAAAUUCGUUAAAUUUUUAUUAUAUAGUAAUUAAAAUUAUUAGAUAUUGCAUCAGACAUAAUAUGCUUGAUACAAAUCUCGUUACGAAUUUUUAAGAUAUAUCAGCACGAAAUUGUUUAUUUUCUGACUUUAGUUGAAAACACUUUAAUGUUAUAAGAAUUUUUUAAUUUCAAGAUAUGAGAUAUAUCUUAUUUCUAAUUGAUUUCUUGAUCGUGAUAAACUAUUGUUUUUAAAUAUUACUGUGUUAUCAUACUUGAUUGAUGUUUCUGAGGAUAUUCUAUUCGAUUUUUUACUUACAUUUUACUAUCGCGUGAUCGAUAAAAUUGAUAAAUUCUCGAUGAAUUUCAGUACGUUCUAGUGUUUCACAACAGUUUGAUUCUUGUUCCACCGGGCGGAAUCUGUCUUUUCCUGACAUGGAAAUUAAUAACAUAAAAAGAUGGGAUGUCGUGCAGGAGUAUCUUAAGGAUUUUCGAAAGCUAUUUGAGUUAAUUGACGCGAAUGGAGAUGGCUUCAUCAACGUUACCGAACUGCGAAACGCUUUGGAUGUUUGCGGCUUCAAAAUGCCAGGUUACAAAGUGCGCCAAAUGAUCGAGGAGUACGACGAUAAGCAACGAUUGGAACAUAAAGGUCGGCUUUCCUUCGAAGAGUUUGAGAAACUUUGCAAGGAACUCAAGGCCAACGAACUGGGUUCCACGUUCAAGCAAGUCGUGUCGAAGAAGGAAAACCUCGAAACUCUGGGUGGAAUCUCCGAGGCAUCCAGUGAAGGUACCACGCAUUCCGUCAGACUUGAGGAACAACUAGCUUUCAGCGACUGGAUAAAUACUAAUCUGUCGCACGAUCCCGAUUUGAAGCAUCUGCUACCCAUUGAUCCUGAGGGGAAGAUGCUCUACGAUAAGGUCAAAGACGGAAUAUUGCUCUGUAAAAUAAUUAAUCAUUCCUGUCCGGACACUAUUGACGAGCGCACGAUCAAUAAGAAAAAUUUGACGCUAUAUAAGAAACACGAAAACUUGACGCUGGCUCUAUCUUCAGCCCAAGCUAUCGGCUGCAACAUCAUAAACAUCGAUGCUCACGAUCUUACCAAAGGUUCGCCCCAUUUGGUGCUAGGUCUGCUUUGGCAAAUCAUCCGAAUUGGCUUAUUCAAUCAGAUUACUCUGGAGAAUUGCCCCGGUUUAGCUACACUUUUGCAAGACGGCGAACGAAUCGAAGAUCUGUUGAAACUGUCUCCGGAAUCCAUUCUUCUCCGAUGGGUGAACCAUCAUUUGGAGAAUGCCGGCAUCGCCAGGCGGUGUAACAAUUUCCAAUCCGACAUCACGGACUCUGAGAUUUACACAUAUCUCAUUAAACAGAUCGCACCCAAUUCGACUGGCGUCACCUUAGAAGCCUUAAUGGAACCGAACCACAUGUCUAGAGCGGAGAUUAUGCUUCAGCAAGCCGCGAAACUAGGCUGUCGUACUUUCGUAACGCCUAGCGACGUCGUGAACGGUAUUUACAAACUUAACUUGGCCUUUGUCGCCAAUAUGUUUAACAACUAUCCCGGAUUAGAUAAGCCGGAAAGCAACAUUGAAGGUUUGGAGUCUUUAGAGGAGACGCGAGAAGAAAAGACCUAUAGAAAUUGGAUGAACUCGAUGGGCGUUUCGCCGCAUGUUAAUUGGCUAUAUUCGGAUCUUGCCGAUGGUUUGGUGAUCUUUCAGUUGUAUGACAUUAUCAAACCAGGCACUGUGAAUUGGAAUAAAGUGCACAAGAAGUUCACGAAGCUUCGGAAGUUUAUGGAGAAAUUGGAGAACUGCAAUUACGCUGUUGAACUGGGUAAACAGAUGAAUUUCUCACUCGUGGGCAUCGCUGGACAAGAUAUCAAUGAUGGAAACGCGACCUUGACAUUGGCUCUGAUAUGGCAAUUGAUGAGGUCGUACACGUUGUCGAUUCUGACAUCUUUAGCCGGUACUCAGGGAAGCACUGUUGUGGAAAAAGAAAUCGUCCAAUGGGUGAAUUCUAAACUCCAGACAGCUGGCAAGACCAGUAGUAUAAAAGGAUUUCAGGAUUACUCAAUAUCGGAUGGGAAAGUUGUUCUCGAUCUCAUCGAUGCCAUUAAGCCCGGUUCGGUCAACUAUGAUCUUGUCAAGGAAGGUGGAACUGAAAAUGAAAGUCUGGACAAUGCAAAGUAUGCGAUAUCCUUGGCGCGAAAGUGCGGUGCGCGCGUCUAUGCACUGCCAGAGGAUAUAACCGAGGUGAAGCCGAAGAUGGUAAUGACAGUAUUCGCCUGUUUGAUGGCGAUGGAUUACAUCCCGAAUAUGGACUCUGUAAAAAAUCAACAAAACAAUAUCAAUAAUGGCCAAUAAUGUUGGCGUCAACUCGUCAUCGUGUUAUUCCACCUAACACGUGCCGUUUAUCUUUUGUACACAAGAACUUUCGAUCGAAUUGCGCCACCUCACGCCUUUUUCACGAGCGUAAUGCCUGUAUAUACGUAGAUUAAGUUAACUUGUUCUUAAAGAGAAAAUAUUAAGGAUUAUUA